AUGCUCUCAGAUGCUGCGCCGUACAUGGUGAAAACGGGACAGUCACUAGCAGUUUUUUAUCCCAAUUUAAUUCAUGUAACAUGUGUAGCUCACAUGUUCAAUAGGAUUGCAGAAAGAGUUAGAGAAAUGUAUCCAGACGUAAAUAAAUUAAUUAGUAAUAUAAAAAAAGUAUUUCUAAAAUCUCCAUAUCAUGUACAAGUGUAUAAAGAAAUAUUACCAGAUACUCCGUUACCCCCUGAACCAGUACUAACCAGAUGGGGAACGUGGUUGGAAGCUGCUAUAUUUAAUUGUGAUAAUUUCCCAGGUUUAAAAAAAGUUAUUGAAGAAUUAAGUGGUCAAAACUCUCCCAGUCAGUCUAUACUUAAAUGUAAAACAGUUUUUGACUUAGAAACCGUAGAAAACGAUUUAAUAUUUAUUAAAACCCAUUUUCUUGUGCUGGUAACAUCCAUUAAAAGGUGGGCAAGUGGGUGUCGCUCUGCUGUACAGUAG